AUGGGGGAGUACAGCUGCAUCCUUGAUCUGAUGCGAGACAUCAUCUUGGCAACUGAUCUGGCACAACAUUUGCUUCUUUUACCGCGUCUAGAGACAAUGGCCAGGCAAGGCUACCAAGCCAAUAACUCUGAGCACCACCACUUGCUGCUAUGCUUGUUGAUGACCGCGGCGGACCUCAGUGACCAGACAAAGAGCUGGAGAAACGUCAGACACGUAGCUCAUCUGAUCUACGAUGAAUUCUUCGGUCAGGGUGACCUGGAAAAAGAGUUAGGCAGACAACCGAGCGUGCACAUGGACCGCGAAAAGGCCUGCGUGCCUGACUUGCAAAUCAGCUUUAUAGACUAUAUUGCCAUUCCGUUGUACAGGUAG